AUGGCUUCCUCGGAAACCCUGUCCUCCACCAUGGAGGCUGCUCUUGUGGCCGCCAACACGGCCGCGGUCGAGGUGGACAAGGUCGUCGCUGCGCGAGGCUCUUCCACUUGGCUCGGCUGGUUCGGGAGAGUCAUCCUCUUCGUCAUCCAGCUGCUCUCCUCCAUCCUGUACUGGAGCCUGAAGCUCACCACCAUAUCCGUCCCAACCUUGCUCUUCCAGCUGUUCUCCACCAAUCUCACCGUCACCAUGAAUGCCACCACCCUGGCCUUGAUCCUGGCCAUGAUGGCCUCGGCCGUCACUUGGGUUGUAAGAUACAGGUAUCUGAACAUGUAUUCUCGGCUUCCUCCAGAACCUCAGCGCAAGGAGCCGGAACUGGAUCUUCCCCCAGACUCGCAUGAGGGUGAUGACAAGCCCGGCCUCACCAACUACCUCGACGAGUUUCUCAGCGCCAUCAAGAUCUUCGGAUAUCUGGAGCGGCCCGUGUUCCAUGAGUUGACCCGGAGUAUGCAGACCAGGAAGCUCAUUGCCGGCGAAACUCUAAAUCUCGAGGAGGAGCAGGGCUUCUGUCUCGUCGUGGAUGGACUGGCCGAGAUUUUCGUCAAGUCUACCAACCGGAAUCACAGCCCUGAUGUUGCUGACUUUUCCUUCGCUGAGGACGACCAGCAGUAUGGCUCAAGUCGCCAUCCAUACCAACUCCUCACCGAGGUCCGGAAUGGAGCUCCCAUGUCAUCCCUCUUCUCCAUCAUGUCCCUGUUCACCGAGGAUGUGCAUUUGCGCACCCCGUCUGACGAGGACCCCGUGCAGCACUCAUCCUCGAGUACCUUCAACGACGGUCAGUAUCCCGAGAGUGCCGGGCUCUCUGCCGGCCGCCACAUGUCGGACUACUCGCCAGCGACUCCACAGUUUGACCAGAAUGAGAAGCGGGCUACCCUUGUUGAGGAACCAGAGGUCAUCCCGACUGGUUCUCCCAACGGCAGCUACUUUCGGCAGAAGAUUCCGGCCAUGUCGUUGGAUAAUACUCUACCGCCGCGGCAUCCUGUGCGCCCAGCUCCCAAGAGAAUGGUGACAAACUCAGUCCAUCCGGACAUUGUGGCUCGGGCUGUCGUCGACACCACUAUUGCGAUUAUCCCUGCCAACGCUUUUCGUCGCUUGAUCAAACUCUUCCCCAAGUCAACUGCCCACAUCGUCCAUGUUAUAUUGUCUCGCUUUCAGCGGGUGACUCUCGCCACAGCAUACAACUAUCUUGGGUUGACAAAUGAGGUGCUCCACAUCGAGAGGAGCAUGAUAAAUUUCACCACUUGUCAGCUGCCAAAUGUAUUAAGAGGCGAUGCACUGGAGAGACUCAAGGAGAAGUUCAAGCGCGAAAGGGAGAGAAACAGCAAGGAGGAUAUUGGCAAGGGGAUAGCGUUGCAUAACGCAUCAGCUGCAACUCGGCGUCGGCGGUCUAGUACGGGUCUGCGUAGGGACGCUGCCGUGCACGCCAUGACCCGAGCACGUCCCACAUCCGUAGUAGCCUCUACCAUCGUUCCGCCACAACAGCGUUCGUCCUUGCACACCGCUGGGCCCGGUGAUCUUCUGGCUAAUAUUCAAUCCGCACGAGCUGGCGGGUCUCGAGUUCCUGGUACCAUUGAUAUACCUCUAAGAGAGCCAUGGCAAUCCAGGGACAGUCCCAAGGCAGAUACGCUGAGUCCUCUUGCUCAUCAUGCGUUCAAUCCAUUCGCUGCUCAGAAACGGGCGCGUAUCUCUAUAGAUCCGAGAGAAUCUGUCGAUGAGGAUAACACGUUCCGGGUCUCUAUCUUGGAAUGUGUGUUCAACGCUCUCGGGAUGAAUUCUGGUGGCACCUCAUCAAGGGGACCCGAUUCGGUUGAGGCUUCUCCCCGCCUCAGUUCUUAUGAUCAGAGAAGGCAGCGGGGUGUCUUCAACAGCAACGCCUUCGGGUUCAUGGACUCUUUUGAUGGUUCAGCUGACUGGGAUGCCGAGUCAAUGACCUCUGGUGGUCUUUCUAUGACCGGGUCUCCGAAUGCUCAUCUCUUGGCCGAAGAGAUGAAACAUGAAGUGGAGAUUGUCUUUUUCCCUCAAGGAUCAGUGUUGGUAGAGCAGGGUGAAAGGAGCCCUGGUAUCUACUACGUGAUUGACGGUUUCCUCGACAUUGGCGUGCCAUCUGAGGACUUCAGCACUGAGAUCUUGAGCUCGUCGAGCAAAAUGUCUCUCUCUGCCAUGCACCGUGAAGACUCCCACGCAUCGCAUCGCCGGGCGUCCAAGACAAAUAUUCCUGCUUCGAAUGGCUCGACUCCAGGCUUGAGCUCAGCCGAUGGCAAAAAGAAGUCGAAGCCUGGUCGCCGCAGUGUGGGGCUCGUGAAACCAGGAGGUCUAGCGGGUUACAUCGGCACCGUCUCCUCGUACCGGUCGUUCAUUGACGUGGUGGCGAAGACGGAUGUGUAUGUUGGUUUCGUACCGCGUGCAGCCUUGGAGAGGAUUGUCGAGAGGUAUCCUAUCGUGCUUCUCACCAUGGCCAAGAGACUCACCAAUCUCCUCCCGCGCCUGAUCCUCCACAUCGACUUUGCUCUCGAAUGGGUUCAGGUGAACGCUGGCCAGGCUCUUUUCCACAAGGAUGAAGAGAGCGAAGCCAUAUAUCUCGUCCUCAACGGACGAUUGCGUUUGGUUGAGGACAAGAAGGGCGGUGGGCUGAAUGUCCGUGCCGAAUACGGUCAAGGCGAUAGCGUGGGCGAGCUUGAAGUAUUAACCGAAUCAAGUCGGUCAGGUACCCUUCACGCCAUCCGAGACACCGAACUUGUCAAGUUUCCGAGGACACUGUUCAACAGCCUUGCACAGGAACACCCGAAUAUUACUAUCAAGAUAUCCAAGAUCAUUGCUUCUCGCAUGCGGACUCUGGUAGAUGAUCCGUCUUUAGCUUUGGCAAAGGAGGCCUCUACGGGGACUUCCAUCAACAAGAUCUCAUCAACCUUGAAUCUGAGGACUGUUGCCAUCCUACCUGUAACCUCAGGCGUACCGGUUGUUGAUUUUGGAAACCGCCUGAUCAACGCACUAGCGCAAGUUGGUGCUCCUGGUGGUGCUACGUCGUUGAACCAGUCCGCCAUCCUCAACCAUCUUGGCAAACAUGCGUUCAAUAAGAUGGGCAAGCUCAAGUUGUCUCAAUAUCUUGCCGAUCUUGAGGAGAAGUAUGGAAUGGUUCUCUACGUUGCUGAUACCAAUGUCAACUCACCCUGGACCCAGACUUGCAUCACACAAGCUGACUGUAUCCUGCUUGUCGGCCUUGCAGAGGGUUCUCCUGAGAUCGGGGAGUUUGAAAGAUUCAUGCUUGGUCAGAAGUCAACUGCCCGUAAGAUCUUGGUCUUGCUCCACGCAGACAGAUAUUCUCCACCCGGUCUCACAAGAUCAUGGCUCAAGAAUCGGGUCUGGAUCAAUGGUGGUCAUUACCACGUGCAGAUGGCCUUUCAAGAGAAUACCGUCCCCGUCCAUCCUCCCUACAGGCGUCUUGGUGCAGCGCUCAAAGAACGAGUUCAGGUUCUUCAGGCCGAGAUUCAGAAAUACACCAGUCGCAAGAUUCGGCACACCCCAUAUUACUCUCCCGAUGCGCCCUUCAAGGGCGACUUUCAUCGGCUGGCUAGGCGGCUUUGUGGCAAAUCCAUCGGUUUGGUACUUGGUGGCGGCGGCGCUCGCGGUAUCUCUCAGAUUGGCAUCAUCCGUGCCAUGGAAGAAGCAGGCAUCCCUAUUGAUGUCAUUGGAGGUACAUCCAUCGGCUCUUUCAUUGGAGCACUCUAUGCACGACAUGCGGACAUGGUUCCGGUCUUUGGGUUGGCGAAGAAGUUCGCUGGGAGGAUGGCAAGCAUGUGGCGUUUUGCCCUCGAUCUGACGUAUCCUUCCGCCUCCUACACUACUGGUCACGAAUUCAAUCGCGGUAUCUUCAAGACGUUCGGCAACCACCAGAUUGAGGACUUCUGGCUGGAGUAUUACUGCAACACGACAAAUAUCAGCAAGAGCCGUGGUGAAAUCCACACCAGCGGCUAUGCUUGGCGGUAUGUGCGUGCCUCCAUGUCACUUGCCGGCCUCUUGCCACCUCUGUGUGACGAAGGUAGCAUGCUGCUAGAUGGUGGCUACAUCGACAACUUGACAGUGUCGCACAUGAAAUCCAUUGGCGCCGACGUUAUCUUUGCAAUUGAUGUUGGAGCUUUGGACGACGACGUACCUCAGGCAUACGGAGACUCGCUAUCGGGCAUGUGGGCUUUCUUCAACCGUUGGAAUCCAUUCUCAUCCAUUCCCAACCCACCAACAUUGGCAGAGAUCCAAGGCCGCCUCGCAUAUGUGUCUAGCGUCGAUGCCCUUGAGAGGGCCAAGGCAAUGCCGGGCUGCAUCUAUAUGCGUCCGCCCAUCGAUGAUUACGGCACUUUGGACUUUGGAAAAUUUGAUGAGAUCUAUCAGAUGGGCUUCCAGUAUGGCAAGGAAACCCUAGCCCGUCUACGCGAGGAAGGUGUGCUCCCCCUCGUUGAGGAGACCGAGGCCAAGAAGGCUUUGAGGAGAACCAUGGCACCUCGCAGAGCCAGUAUUUAG